AUGUCUACAUCUAUACACAUACCAGAUCCAACGACGAAAAAAGCAGUAGCAGAAGAGAUCAGCUGGCAUACAAAGACAGUAGAAAAUGUAGUGGAUCAAUUGCAGACAUCGCUUACACUCGGCUUAUCUGAGGAUGAAGUCAUGCGUCGUCAACAGAUAUACGGCCUCAAUGAACUUGCUUCUGAUGGUGGAGCCACAUGGUUCAAGAUUCUUUUGCGGCAACUUGUGGAUGUCAUGAAUUGGAUCUUCAUUGCGCUGGGCGUGGUAUCCUAUGUCCUAGGCGAUUACAUUACUGGUAGUCUGUUGAUUGCUGUAGCCAUUGUCAAUACCUAUCUCUCGUUUCAACAAGAAUACGCUGCUGAACAAACACUCGCUGCUUUGAGAGAUCUCAGUAGUCCUCGGGCCGAUGUGAUUCGUGGCGGAAAAGAGCAAACCAUCGAUAGUAAACAAUUGGUACCUGGUGAUAUGCUGUUGAUCAAAGAAGGUGAUUCAGCUGCCGCAGACGCUCGUUUGGUCCAUUUGUCGAAUCUGGAAGCCGAUGAAGCGCUUUUGACAGGUGAAUCUCUUCCUGUGCAAAAGCAGUUGAUUGUACUGGAAAAGGAAGAUGAGCCACUAGGCGAUCGUAUCAAUAUGAUUUACAGUUCCACCAUCAUCAGCAAGGGCCGUGGUCAGGCUAUUGUCACUGGCAUUGGUAUGAAGACUGAGAUUGGUAAGGUGGCGUCUCAAUUGUCUGAAGCAAGCAAUGAUGGUGAUCGUACACGUAUUCAAAAGAGCAUGAACCACAUGUAUAUUGGCUUGCUCUGUGUGGCCGUGAUCUCUGUUAUUGUCGUGUUUGCCUCUGUCAAAUUUCAAACCAUUGAUCGAGACAUUGUCAUGUAUGCUGUCACUUGUGCGCUCUCUGUUCUUCCUGCGGGUUUGACGACGGUGAUGACAGUGACAUUGGUGCUGGGCGGUAAAGAAAUGACUAAGCAAAGAGCCAUUGUCAGAAAGCUCAAAGUCUUGGAGACAUUGGGCUCUGUUACGCACAUUUUCUCUGAUAAAACUGGUACAUUGACCAUGGCCAAGAUGGUGGUGGUGCGUUUUUGGACCCCCAAUGAAGGCUACUUUUAUGUGACACCCAACGGCCUAGCUCCUCAAGGCGAUAUUUACCAGACCUACGAUGCUGUGGAUGAGCAAGUCAAUUUCGAAAAGGCUACGCUGGUGGAGAAGACGAGCCUGUCGCAUGAUACGAACCGACUGGUCGAAUGUGCUGCUCUAUGCAACAUGUCGUCCAUUCGCAAAAAGGAACAAAAUCAAAUUGCUACUGCUACCAAGGAUGAAAAAGUAGCGGUUCGUCAUGACGAACAUGCGCUGGAAAAGAAGAAAUCAAGAGUCUCUGCCAUUGAAUUGUCAAAGCACCAAGAAGAAGAAGAAGACGACGACACUGAAUCGGAUGAUUGGGUUGCCAGUGGUGCUCCUACUGAAGUCGCUUUACAAGUAUUUGCUCACAAAUUCGGCCGUGGAAAGCCUGACUUGACUGAACAGGGCGAAUGGGAAAUGAUUGAAGAAUACCAGUUUGAUUCUACCAUCAAGCGCAUGUCGACUGUUUGGUACAACCGUCCAUUGAAUCAUACCUGCGUGUUUACCAAAGGUGCUGCUGAACGUAUUUUACCCCUGUGUGUCAAUACGCCCAAUCAGGAUGCCAUCGUGCAACACGUGGAAGCACUGGCUGCCAAGGGUCUUCGUGUCAUGGCCAUGGCUUACCGCGAGAACGUCGAUGCCAGCAUGGUGCAUACCAGCCAUGGCAGAGAAUUGCUUGAAUGUGAUUUAACGUUUGCUGGGCUGUGUGGUAUCUUGGAUCCGCCUAGAAAAGAGUCCAAGCGAGCUGUACGUGAAGCCCAUCGCGCCGGUAUCUCUGUUCACAUGCUGACGGGUGAUCAUGCUAUUACUGCCACGGCCAUUGCAAAGGAACUCAACAUUCUCAAUGAAAAGACCAUGUCCCCUGAGGUGCUCCAGCAGCUCGUCAUGACAGGUCCUCAAUUUGACGCCUUGACCGAAGACGAAAUCGACGCGUUGCCUCACUUGCCAUUUGUGGUGGCUAGAUGUAGCCCCGAGACCAAGGUCAAGAUGAUCCUCGCUUCCAAACGUCGCAACAAUAUCUCUGCCAUGACAGGCGAUGGUGUCAAUGACUCUCCUUCUCUACGCAUUGCUGAUGUGGGUAUUGCCAUGGGCAAGAAUGGCAGCGAUGUCGCUAAACAAGCAUCCGACAUCAUCUUGACAGACGAUAACUUUGCUACCAUCAUUCGUGCCAUUGCCGAAGGUCGUCGCAUCUACCAAAACAUGCAACGCUUCUUGCUGUACUUUUGGAUUGCGCUCUUGGGCUUGUGGUUGGUCUUGAUGUUGUGCUUGGCUAUUCGUGACCCCAACAACCGCAGUGUGUCGCCCAUGUCUACCAUUCAGAUGCUGUUUUUGUACGUUGCAUUCACUCCUCCUGCGGGCGAGCUCUCGAUUCAGCCUGCCUCCAAGACGGUCAUGCUGGAGCCACCUCGCCCACCCAAGGAAAGUCUGUUUAACAGAGAAAUCAUCAUGGAUCUCGUCGUGUAUUCAUUGGGGCUGUCUGCUGUUUGUCUAGUUGCUUUCAUCAUUCCUCUUUACACUGGCGGUCAUCAUGGUGUGGAGGGUGUCAAUUGUGAGACGCAUUUCGACUUUGCCACAUGCGAGUCCUUCUUCCGUGGUCGAGGCUUGUUUUUGGCAGUAAUCACAUGUGCUACCUUGGUCUUGAUGAUUCAUUGUAGAUCGUACCGAGAUCCAGAAUGGGGCUUGCGUGGAUUGAAAGAGACGCUCAAGAGCAAAACUAUCCUGUAUACACUGCUGUUUGACAUUGGAUGUCUCGUCAUCUUCUUUUAUGUACCCAGCGUAGCCAUCAAGGGCUUCUACAUGCUCUGGAUCACCUGGGAGUGGGCUAUCGUAAUUGCUAUGGUGGUGUUUAUCAUUUUGUAUGGCGAGAUGUACAAGCUGCUGAAGCGAAAGUAUCUCAAGCCAUUGGAGGCUCAUGCAUCCAGUGAAUUCAUUGCCGUUGAUGACUAA